GCUGAGAACAGUGCUGGGCUGUGAUUGGCUGAACGUGUCUCAGCUGGGUUGUCGUUGUUGUCCAACUCGUCAGUCAUAUGACUCAAAGCUGCUCAAACUCUCCUUAAUUUGUCUUCUCGAUGGGAUGUUGCUGCAGUACCGAGCAGGAGAGUCUUUCUCAGGAUGGUGAGGUCAGUGAGAGAACUCGUCUAAUUGACCCGGUCAGCAAUGUUUAUCAGACCAAUGCAAGCUCCAGUGAAUAUGGCAACCACUAUUCAAGUUCUGCCACAAAAAAGUCAGAUGAGCAAACAGCUCUUAAUCGAAUUCUGCAGCAGACAGCCAGCAAUAUUAUUGAUGUGGGAGCUUUGGAGUGCCACACCUUGGAGCAGCAUGAGUAUAUAGAGAGAGUGAGAACGUACAAUCAGCGGUUAAAUAUGGUCCCACCACAAAAGAUUCCCAACAGAGUCCACCCUGAAGCUCAGCUCUUGUGUGAUGUGCCAGCAGUAGAGAGAAUCUUAUCUGCCCAGCCAAUAUUAUUGGCAGAUUUCAACUUGAUGAUUUCUUCAACCCAGAAGGUGGUAGCAGCAUUGUCACACAUAAAAGUGGAUCAUAAGGAAGAUUUAGUUGUUCCAUUUGGGAUCCCCUGACAGUCUUACUACCAACCUUCCUAUGCAGAUCAGCUUGCAUCUGCUGUCAUCCUCUUCCGACGACUCUUCUCUAUAUUUACAUCAGCCAGUCAAGCACCUUCAAGCUACACUUCAAUUAGAGAGUGAGGAACUUGUGUGUGUGUACAAGCAUGUGUGGGUAUAUGUUUGAGCAUGCAUGUGCGCACACGUGCUUGUGCUAGCAUGCGCAUGCACAUUUGUAUGUGGCUCUCAUGGUGUUUGUGUGGGUGUGAAUACUUGAAUAGAAUGAUACAGUUAUUAGUAUUUAUCAUUUAAGAAUAUAUAUUUUUUACAAGUUGUAGUAAAUUUAAGGAAAUAACACCAGUGUCUCUGAAUUGAGCAACUAAAGGUGGUAAGUGAUGGAGAUUGAAGCUUGCUUGAAAAGACCCUCAUGUCUUGUAAGCACCCAUAUGCAAGUAAGAACUAUUACUGCAAUAUAAUAUUUGAUAUGUCUAAUAAAUGAAAUUUCUUGUC